UCUCUCUUGCUCUCUAUUUCUCUCUCUUCAAAUUUGGGGAGACUUCAUCAGAAACCCUAGUUUCUGCCUCCUUCAAGGGGCGCCGCGUCCCUUUGCACCGAUCUCCACCGUGCGCCGUCCAUUUCCACCUAUUCUCCAUCGUUUUUGCAUUCUUUGCACCCAUCUUCACCGACUCUCCGUUUUUCAUUGUGCCGCGAUGACGAAAACUCAGUGGGCCGGUUACCUGAGCGGCGAGUUCGUCCAUGACACUGAAGAUCCGUGCAAUUGGGGCUCACCGUCGGAAUUCCCGUCAUUUUUUCCUCAGGCGGAAUUCCCAUCUUCGUGGCCUUCACUGAUGUCUGGAGACGCCUCUGUCGGGCUGCCUUCACUGGAAGCCACGUGUGGAGAUGGAUUUGCUCCGCCCUCACUCUUGGAAGAGGCGGCUCAUGUGGCUAGGCGCACGAUCUACCGUCGCCCUUCAAAAAUCCAUGAAUCAUGGGCCGACGUUCUGGACUUGAAUGGAUGCUCGAUUACACACCGACGCAUCUUACCAUGCUUAAGAUCUUGCUGUCGAUGCCAUUUUGGCCCAAAGUCGACUCACGGUCCCUCCUAGAGCUUCCGAACUUGACGAUGGCUUCUUGGAUCUUCCCUAUUUUCGGCGUACCAUUUUUGCUAUCUUGAAGAAGGAAUUGAACAAUGGUGUUCCUUUCUCCAUUACUUAGAUCUUUUCUUCUUAUUUUCUCUUUCUUUUUGCUGUAAUUUUUGGUGUUUAGAAUGAAAAACUGAAUCUGUACUUGUGCUUAUUUAAAAGGCUUUUUGUGGUUGUAAA